AUGACGUCGCGCACGGUCGUGAAGAUCAACGGAGCCAAUGCCCGCGCUCCAGUGGAAGCCAGGCCGGCGACCUCGGAGCGCCCGUACGGCUCGGCCCUGGGCUCCGAGAAGUUGCCGUGGGCUGGUGCGCUGGACCACCUCGAGAACGCGUUGGCGCGGCUCGAGACGCGGACAGUCGAAGCGGAGAACGCGGUCCGCACCGCACAGUACGCGCUGACCAUCGUGGAGAAGAUGAAGCUGCCUAGCACGAAGCACAAUGCGAGAGCCCCCACUGUUGCCGCGGCGCCCACAUACCACCGGACUUCCGAGGGGGACCGUCACCGUGCGCACCUGGAGGGAGCUCCCUGCCAUCGGGAAAGCCCCGAGCUCUCCAGGGGGCACCACGCGGACGCCGGAACCCUGCCCAGGGCGACGUCCUUGGCCGCUACUGGCAUCAAGGGACGGGAUGACUUCAGGCGGGCGCGCCGGGCGGCCGUCUCCGCGGCCAUCGGGGCCUCCCGCGCAUCCGUCGAGGAAGCACAGAAGGCGAAGCAGGUCAUCGACGAGAUACGCGACCACAUGAGCGUGCUGACGCACUCGUCGCGCGUGGCCCUGGGUCAGCGGAUCGAGGACACCGAGCACCGCAUCGCACGAGCGCUGGCGGCGUCUGCGCAGCAGAGCGAGGCUGCCGACCACUUCGAGCGCAAGCUCGCGGAGGAGGAGGCCGCGGUCCAGGCCGGCCCGCGCGUGCGCUUCUUCACGCAGGGGCCCGACGCCGCUUCGCCAAUACGCCCCCGCUAA